CCCCUCGCGGCGGGUGAAGGCGGAAGUACUCGGUGCCGGCUGCAGGGAGCGAGUUACCGGACCGGAGAGCUGCCGGCCGCGGGGCAUGCUGGGGGAAUUAGAGUAAGCACCCGGGCUGGCUGAGCGUCCUGGGAGUUUCCAACACUUACAACGCUCAGCCAGGACCCGACUAACACCCUGACUGUGACCCCCACAACGCUCAGCCAGGACCUGAUUAACACCCUGACUGUGACCCCCACAACGCUCAGCCAGGACCCGAUUAACACCCUGACUGUAACCCCACAACGCUCAGCCAGGACCUGUUGCUGACUGUGACCCCCACAACGCUCAGCCAGGACCCGAUUAACACCCUGACUGUGACCCCCACAACGCUCAGCCAGGACCCGAUUAACACCCUGACUGUGACCCCCACAACGCUCAGCCAGGACCCGAUUAACACCCUGACUGUGACCCCCACAACGCUCAGCCAGGACCCGAUUAACACCCUGACUGUGACCCCCACAACGCUCAGCCAGGACCCGAUUAACACCCUGACUGUGACCCCCACAACGCUCAGCCAGGACCCGACAACACCCCGGACUGCGGACCCCCACAACGCUCAGCCAGGACCCGAUUAACACCCUGACUGUGACCCCCCACAACGCUCAGCCAGGACCCGAUUAACACCCCUGACUGUGACCCCCACAACGCUCAGCCAGGACCCGACUAACACCCUGACUGUGACCCCCACAACGCUCAGCCAGGACCCGAUUAACACCCUGACUGUGACCCCCACAACGCUCAGCCAGGACCCGAUUAACACCCUGACUGUGACCCUCACAACGCUCAGCCAGGACCCGAUUAACACCCUGACUGUGACCCCACAACGCUCAGCCAGGACCCGAGUAACACCCUGACUGUGACCCCCACAACGCUCAGCCAGGACCCGAUUAACACCUUGACUGUAACCCCCGCAAAGCUCAGCCAGGACCUGAUUAACACCCUGACUGUAACCCCCAAAACGCUCAGCCAGGACCAGAUUUAAGAUGUGGGAUUACACAAGGUCUAAAUUUACAUUUCCUGGGUUUGACCCCUUUUUACUCCAAACAUCCCAUGUGUAGUGACUCAGGCAAAGAAACCAUGAUUUGGGCAAAACUUGGUGAAAAUCAGUUAAUGAUACUGAGACUAAAACAAGUGUACUAGGAAACAGUGAAAACAUAACUGGCUGCAUUCAUCAUAGAGAUUUAAUAUACUCCCAUAACAGAAUGAAUAAACACAUAGAAACAUUCUAAAAAGGGGAGCAAUCAGCAGGAACAUUCCAUUGGUCUCCAUGGUGAUUGCUCCACUUUCAGAGCUGCCCAGUAUUGUUAUUUUAUAUGUGGCCCACUGUAUGUCUGCUCUCUGUUCAAACAAUGUCUGACCGCCACAUUAACAUGCUAAUGGAAAGGUUCAUAGCAAUUUGUGUCUAACUCCAUGUAUUUGUGUCCCUAGGCGUUUAUUAGUACAUAGCCCUAGAACCUACAAGGCCAGGGGGAUAUGGCAUGGGCAGCAUUUCCCAAGCCAGGGUCCCUGAUCGUUCCCGAUUGGCAUCAGACUGCUGAAGGGAAAGAAUAUCUGAAUUGCAUUCUCCGUAAGAAGAAAAGAAAGCUGUUUGGUGAGUCAUUUUUCUGUAUUAUUUAUCAAUCUUCAGGAAAGGUACAGGAGUAAUAUACCAGGGAAAUGAGUGUCUAUUAUUUGUGGGAUCAAGAUGAUGCAAUGUUUCCAUGGUUCCUUCCAAAUACAAACCAAAAACAGCAAAUACCUUUUACUUAAAAAAUCAACACUGUGGUGCCACAUGAACCAAUGAGAUCACCAAUCCCAUUAAAGCCAUCAAAUGUAGAGAGCAAAUAUCCAGGCACACACAGGAUGUCCAAAAUGCAGACUUUAUUAGAGUGCAAUGCCAUUCUAGCCCAAAAAGUCUGCAUUUUGGGCAUCCUGUGUGUUCUCUAAGUUUCCAUGGUUACUGUCCAAGAAUCAAGGUUCCCACCUUUAAAGGGAUAAAAGAUCCCAUUUUCACCCCUUUAAAUUGAAUAAUAGAGAGUAUGAUACAUUAAUGAGCCCUAUAUGGCAGCAGUCACUUUAUAACUUUAAUAUUCGCUGUGAUGGCCAGUUUGGCUAUCACAUCGAAUAUUAUUAUUAUUAUUAUUAUUAUUAUUAUUAAUAUAUUCACAUUUGAUGUUUUUGCAUUUCCUAUAAAUUAUCAAGCUUCACAGUCUCUGCAGUGAUUUUUCAUUAAACCAGAAAGUACCUCAUAGCUUUCAAUAGAAUGACUUAACAUGUCCCAUUAGCAAUACCCUGUGGGUACAACAAUGGUUGGUGUUUGUGAAAUCUAUAGACAGUUAAUUAAACCUUAUCCACUGAUUAUGGCUACAAGGAGUUUACCAUGCUAAAUAAGCAGACCAUUCCAUGCUGACGUGGUGUCUUUUAGGACCAGCUCAUGAUGGUAUCUGAGUGUAACUGGUCUUUAAUGGAGUUAAAACUGACAUGCAGAUUAUUUUAAUAUUUCUCUAACUGUUUGCAGGGCUUAUCGAGAGGCCUGUCCUCCCUCCGCAGCUUCCAGCGGAUAUAGCUAGCUACAAGAUUUUUGUUGCCGGUAAAAGUGGCGUUGGGAAAACAGCUUUGAUCGCAAAACUAGCAGGACUGGAAGUUCCACGCACCCACCAGGAGACUACAGGUAAAUGCACAUGGUCUUCUAGCUCUUCGUUGACUGAUGGCUAUUACAUAGCACUGUCACUACUGAUUUUACCGUUUGAGUCCGUAAUGAGACAAACCCUUAAUAUUAGGGCAUUACCAAUGAAUGCUGCUAAAUAAAAGUAGAGGUAGGUAGGUUUCUAGUGCUUGUUGUAUAGUGUGGAAGACAGCUUGAACAACCCAAACCAGAUUCUCUCCUACCUGGUUAAUGGUUUGUGGUUAAAGAAGACGUCUGUUCAGAGAGCAGCGCCUUGAUAAGGUCCUUAGAUCCAGGGUUAUGUGAAAUAAGAGGAGGAGAAGACAGAGGGAAUAUAGUGUAGUAUGUUAAUGCUUUUAAUAUGGAAAAAGAAAGAAAUACGCUUACAGUGUAUAGAGAACUAGCUCAAGUUGUAGCACCUCGGCAGUACAAUCCCCGCCUUUGGAUAUGGGCUGAGGGUUGUAAGCCAAUAGAAUAUUCGUUCCAACAUGUAAUAAAAACAGAAUAAUAACAGUGAUAUAGUAUAGUAUGUUAAAAGUCCAGGAAGGUGGGUAAAAUAUAGAUAAAGUGCACACUCACAUUUAAUGGAGCCUUUUGAUGGCUCCUUGUGGAAUAAUCCCUACUCUGUGAUAUAUCUGCAGAUUUCUUUCAUCGAUAUAUGCAGGUUAAAAUCCUCACUGUAAUAAAUCUAAAACGAGAAUUAUUUUUUUUAACAGUGUACACUGAGUUAAAAAGUAGAGUAAAAUAACAGAUGUACUCACUUAUGCUCAAUCCAUAGGCGUGUGUGGUAUAUUCCCCACCAAGGAAGAUGUAUCAGCUUCGGAAUAGCAGGAGGGUCCAGGAAUAGUAAUAAUAUAUAACGUUAACAGAAAGAUAGUAAAACAAAAUAGAAUAGUAUGAUACACACAAGUUUCACGCAUGAAUUAACCUUUUCCUAAUGUAUUUUCCUUUGUCAAAUGUUUCAAUAUUGAUAAGUGUGUGUGUGUAUAUAAUGCUCUGUGGAACCUGUUUAGUUGAUGAUGAAACAGUGUUGCUGGCAACUAUCUAUUUUUUAUUAAGCUACAAACAGUGUUACAAUAAAUUCCAAGUACAUAAUGGCCCAUGUUUUCUCAUAGGUUAUAAGCGUGUUUGAGCAAGGCCUUCCUUCUUCUUAUCCCUUUCUAUCAUUGCAAAGCUCUGCAGAAUAUGUUUAAUAAUAAUAAUUUAAAGUAUGGUUACUGACUUUCUCAUAACUGAGCCAUCAGUCAGGAUGGCAAAGUCUGUGGUUAAUGACUCAAUUAAUAUUAUAUUUUCCCUCUUUUUAAAAAUCUGUUCCCGCAGUGAUAAAUGUCUGUGACAAAGUUUCUUUAUAGCACGAAUGCAUAAACAUCUUCUAUUGGAUAAUCUCCCCCGUGACCAUGUAAAUGUUUAAACUGAGGAAUAAAUUGUUUUGCAAAUAUCUACAUGCUAUGUGAGAUGCUGUCUUUUUCCCUGUUGAGUCUAGCGUUUUAGUAAGGAUGGCUCAUGCUAGUGAUGAAACCAGUCAUGGUACCCUGCAAAAAUCUGGUAUUAAUAGGAAAUGCUCAUUUAAAAAAAAAUAAGUUGUGCAGGCAGUUACAAUUGGUAAUGUGACCGUAACUGCUCCUUGCGACAUGGCCAGUAGAUGCCCGCAGAGCUCAUUUUCUGUAUCAGGUCCCCCAUUAGAGAUGGUAUAUCCAGGUAUAUGGAAUAAGCACAAAUCACUAUGUAUCCCCAUCAUGCCACAAUAGUAUGUCAAUAGCUUCCUAAUGGUGUGUACUGGGGCCCUCUUUGUGUUGUGUGACUGGUUCAUAGGCAUGUUUAUAGUUCAAGUAAUCCAAUUUUUGCAGUAAACUCUGUUCUGCAUUUUCCAGGAAUCCAAACGACCUGUGUGUACUGGCCAGUCCGCCCCAGGGGCAGCGAACGUCCGGUUAUCUUCAGAUUUCAGUUCUGGGAUUGCGGAGAAUCCGCUCUAAGGAAGUUUGAUCAUAUCUUACCGGUUAGCAUCACGAAUGGGCUGGGUUGUUCGUUUAGAAAGAAAUUCAGUAAAUGGUGAAAUGUUACAGAGAUUCCUUUCGAAAAUAUGACUCAGAUUAUUGUAGGAAUUUCCACACAGAGCUUUUCAAUGCUUAGUUAAUCUCUCCUAUCUGUGCCCUGACCUCAGUGAGAUGACUAGGAUACGAUCUAGUUUGCAGAGAACAAAUGAUGGUCUCGGCACACCCAGUAAAUAUAAAUGGGAGCAGAUGAAUGCAACAUAUCGGCCCACAACAGGACCUUUGUCAAGGAUAAGAUCUAGAGCCACAUAAAGCACUUUCAGUUUGAUUCAAUUCCCUGUUUUGUUGAUAAACCCCAACAUAAAAAUACUAAGGUAUAGCUUCACCCUCUUAAGUCUUAAUGCAUAGUAUAACAGACACAAUGGUAUAGACCGUAUAAUGGGACAAGUAGACAUGUUUAGCUUUUCCUGGAGUUUAAAGGGACACUAUAGUCACCAAAGUAGCUUUAGCUUAAUGAAGCAGUUUUGGUGUAUAGGUCAUGACCCUGCAGUAUCACUGCUCAAAUCUCUGCCGUUUAGGGGUUAAAUCACUGUGUUAUGCAGCCCUAGGCAUGCCUCUCUCCAUGUGACUUACACAGCCUUCCAAACAACUUCCUGCAAAGAGUCAUCUAAUAUUUAAACUUUAUUGCAAAUUGUUUAAUUUAGAAUUUAUUAUACCCUGCUCUGUGAAUAGCUUGCAAGAUGCCGCAGGAGCUUCUUGUAUAUAAUUAAAGUUAAAUUUACAGAGCACAAGAUAAAAAAAAAGUAAAUAAAGUUACAUGUGAUUGAAUAUGAAGCCAUUUUGUUUUCAUGCAGGCUGUAUGAGGGGAAUUGUGGCUAGUGCUGCAUAAACAGAAACAAAAGUGAUUUAACUCCUAAAUGGCAGUGAAUUGAACAGUGGCACAUCAAGGGCAUGAUCUACACUAGAAAACUAUUUCAUUAAGCAAAAAUUGUCUUGUGACUAUAGUGUCCCUUUAACUCAUUCAAUUUAAAUACAUUUAAGUGUGGUUGUAGCAAGUGCCUGCUAAUUGUGCUGUUUUUUAUGCUAUUCUCAAGGCAUGCAAGGAAAAAGGAGAUGCAGCUCUCUUCGUGUUUUCCUUCACAGAUCGUUCAUCAUUUGAGGAUGUCCCGGCACUAAUCUCGCGGAUGCUCGGUGAGGAUGAGGAUCUGGCACGAGUGGUGAUUGGUACCAAGUAUCCUGCUAAUAAGCUACCUGGCCACCUGGCCAGUUUCUUCUGUUCUGUAACAAAUAGUUAUUGUAGCUGAGGUCUGAGGUGUGACCUAAUGCACAUACAUGGACGGAUUAGUAAUAUAAUAUGUGCACACAAGCAGUUUCCCAACAAGGACAUUAACCCAGUGAGCCUUUUCCCACAAUUCCCACCACGCAAAAAACCCAGAAUGUGUUAUUACAUAUUAUAAGUUUAUUAUACGACAUUGUGGUGGGACAUUUAACAUAUCCACAAAAUGGAUUGUUAUAUCACGCACCGUAUUUACCAUCAUAUCACACACUGUAUUUACUACCAUAUCAUACACCGUAUUUACCAUUAUAUCACACACUGUAUUUACUACCAUAUCACACACUCUAUUUACCAUCAUAUCACACACUCUAUUUACUACCAUAUCAUACACCGUAUUUACCAUUAUAUCACACACUGUAUUUACUACCAUAUCACACACUCUAUUUACCAUCAUAUCACACACUCUAUUUACUACCAUAUCAUACACCGUAUUUACCAUCAUAUCACACAUACCACUUUUUAGUGAAUAAACCCAUUUAUUUUGACUCCUCAAUAGCCGUAUGUAGAGCCAGGAAGCUUCUCUAGAUGUGUAAAGCGAUGGUUAUGUUUGGGUUCCUUAACGCCAUGUCAGACUAGAUCAGUACAUGCACACUGAUGUCACAGAACAGGACCUUCGUGACUUCCAGAGGACGUGGCACCUGCCCAUAAUGCGGGUGAGAAGUGUCAAUGGUCCCUGGCUGUCUGAUGGGCGCAGUCUGGAUGGGAGCGUUGGAUUGGCAGAUGCAGCUCCUGUGCUGAAUGGCUUGGCAGAAUUGCUGUGGCACAGAGACCAAGUGGCUGCUGGACUAAAGUCUAUCAUUGUAUAACCACCAGAGCCACGUCCCACACAUUUAGCACACUUGCAGAAUUCUGUACUCAAAAAACUGAAGGCUAUCGUUUCCUUGACCAGCAGGGGGCAGCAUAAUACUACUGUGCCUUUUAACCUUUGUGUUCCCAUUCCAUGUGUUUGUUAUAUACUAAUGUUUAUAGGGCAUUCACAGCUGAGAGUCUGUGUCCCUGGACAAUACUCCAUAAUAAUAGUAAAUACAGAUGCUGGUCAUUACAUUUGCUGCUGUCACUUUGUGAAAUGAUGCUCAGGAAGCAGUGACCUCUGUGUAGUGAACACAACUUCUGUACAGUGAUUAGGUUAAAAUAUGUUAUACACCCCAUCUUUGAAUCAGAGUGAGCGCCACUGGCCAAAAAUAGGCUCCCGAGGCCAGUUUGCAGAAGAUUAAGGCAUUUCCAUGAAAACACACAUUGACCUCACUUCCCUGGCUGCAGCUCCAGUGACAGAUCCCAAACAGGGGUUUGAUUUAUAGCAGGAAAGAGGACCUGACCCCAAUUACACGGGUUAGACUGAUUAAGGCAUAGUUGGGCAAUUUAAAGAGUAAUGACAUUUCAACUAGAAAAUGAUGUAAGUUCUAUUGAAUGAACAUGCUUCCUGAUUAACUCCUACAGGGCUGGCAGGUAUUAUCCGGCUUGAGUAAUUACUAAGCAUUGCAUUGAUCUCUGACCCAGCUGGGUCCCAAGGUCCAUUAAUGCACUCAUUAUGGAAAUCUAAUACAGUGUCACUUUAGCAGCCAAAUCUACCCAAAUCUAUGGUGAAUAGGUAACUAUUUGUUUUCAAACAUUUCUAUAUUCACAUUUACUGCCUUAACCCCUUAAGGACCAAACUUCUGGAAUAAAAGGGAAUCAUGACAUGUCACACAUGUCAUGUGUCCUUAAGGGGUUAAAGGAAAUCAGGGAGGAGGAACACAAGCAAACUGUUUAUUUGUAUUGACGAUGCAUGGAGUAGCGUUCCAGCAGAGAUGGUAGAGACUGAUUAGAAUGGAGUGGCGCAGGAUACAGACCCAUUAUCCUGAUUGUGAUCAAUAUGAAGUAUACACCUGAUCGUUUAGGCAGUUGAUGGGAAGACAAGCAAGCUGUCAUUCAACAUGCCACUCAUGUCUGCCACAGCUAGCACCACGGCGGCAGUGUACAGGGUGCUGCACUCCAUAUUUGUUGGCAUUCUGGUGCCCAUUUGUGCCAGUGUGGGAGUGCAGCAUGCAGCUUCAGGUAAGUAUAUCUUUUAAACUAGGCUUUUCCAGGUGAUUUUGAUCUAAGAAAAUGUUUGAUUUUUCUUUUCCGAAUGUUUACAGUGUCCACUCCUUGUGUGAGCAGCUUAGACUAUUUGGAAAAGGCAUUUUUUAUGGUAUUCAAAAAUUGCUUUUGUUUUAUAUUGACCUCUACACCUUUGUUAAAUCAUUAUUUAAAGUGCUACAUUCAAAUGGAUAUUCAAAUUUCAACAAAUACGUCUGUUUUUCCAGAACAAUGUCUAUUUUGCAAAGUAUUAUUCUGUUUUAUGUUGAAUAGUGCCACCAUAAUUUGCAGGGCAGAAGAUGUGUCCUUAUUGAACUAACCAAAAUGUUGGCACCUUAUUCAGAAGUGAAUUACAUGUUCCUAUAGUGGGAUGUGGUCACUGUGGUUAAGGAAAGAUCAGAUGUCCCUUUUAACAAGGUACGAUUUUUUAUUUACUUGUUCAAUAAAUUUCUUUUAUACAAGCUACAAGUCGACCACCUUCCACUAAAGAAGGGUAGAUGCCCCCUUAAAGGCACACAUAUCCAUACACCAGGAGCCAGGUCCAGGCUCCUUGAAAGGUGAGAAGCCAAUUUGUUCCUUAAUGCAUUUCUACUGUAUGUGGGAGAAAUUACACUAGAAGCUGCAUCGCUUCCCCUAUUUCCCUGCCCUCUUCUCUCCUUUUUUUAAUUCCUCUGAGGUACCUGUAAACCAAGAGAAUCAAGGGUUUGGUGUCACCAAAUGCCCAAGUGACUUGAGCCUAUCCCAGGAGGCUCUGUCCCAUGUGAGUGAAACCAUUGUGAUCCGUAUCACCAUAAUCACUUCAAAAUUCUGUAUCACUAUAAUAUUGCACUAUGUUAGCUUUAUUGUGACAGAUCUAUAUAUUGAAACACAUUGUUUAAAAACGAAAAUUGUGUUAACCCAUAGGGGUAAGUUCAAAAAUUAUAAGCCCUCCACUUAUACACCAGUGGUGGGAUAAAUAUAUUUUUCACUUCUGUGUGCAUCUUUUCUAUAAAAUUUUGUGGGGGAGAGAGUCCCUAUUUUGUGUGGUAGCUGCUAAAUUAAUGUAAAAUAUCAGAUCAUUUUUCAAACACUUAUAUUUGUUUAAUUUCAAUUAGAAGAUACUUUCAAAUGCUUGUUGCAGAACUGCAUUCAUAUCUGUGCUCUCUGGGUGUCUUAUAAGACACGCCAUUAAACACAGUUAGUCUGUGCCGUAUAACCAUCUUACUGCCAAACACCACUACAGAUCAGGCUUCUUUGACAAUGAACCAGUUAAAAUGAAGGGCACGUGUUCAGCAGAAGAUAUGUUGAAUAUUCUGUAAUAUUCCUCUCUUUACUGCAGCCUCAGGACAGAGAUUAAUUGUAAUGCUUGUUGGAACACAACCAUGAACACGAAUGAGCGACUUAUUCACACCUGUUCUCAAGUGUAUGUAUAUAUAUGUACUUAUACAGCACCAACAUAUACUGCUGCGCUGUACAAUGGAUGUAAAGGAUGCAAGAAAUUAUAAACAACAAACCAAGUCUGAUAUACAGAAACAUGAUUUAUAAGAUGUAGUAGAAGGUAAUUACAUCAAUGGUGUAAAAAGUGCAGGAUGUUUAGAGGAAAAUAUAAAACUACCAAUAUUUUGAGGUUUUUUUUUUUUUUUUUGUCUACCCAGCAUUUUUUCUUAUAACUUUAUACAAUUCAAUAAACAAAACGUCUGGUUGGCUGCUGACAUCACAUGCUCUCUAUAGCCUUGUUUUAUGUUUUUUUCUAUUCAAUGGCUGUCACUGUGACU